GCCCUAGACGGGGUACUGUCUUUGCUCAAUUUAAACCGUGCGCUCUACAGUCAGUAUCCGAUUAACAUCCUCUGUUUAUCGAGGCUUGAAGUCAACGCGUAGAAGAAAACCCUUUAACAGAAUGAGCAGGAUUUGCAACACAAAGUUGUGAUCUGCAAAGGACAAGAGGCGACGAUUGCAUUUUCUCUAUCCAAAGGUGUGUGCCUCCCACCCCGCGCCCCACCACGGCCCUCACCUGUGUGUUGCGGUGCUUCCCCUGCGAGCCGUCCUGGGCCGGCAGCCCCUUCCUGCACCGCCCCCAUACUUCGCCCAGCAACAGCAACGCCGUCGCCCCUGAAACCGCCGCUGUCUCCCAGGCAACUGUCAUCAUGACGCGCUCCAAGACCUUCCAGGCUUACCUGCCCAACUGCCACCGUACCUACAGCUGCAUCCACUGUCGAGCUCACCUGGCCAACCAUGACGAGCUCAUCUCCAAGUCCUUCCAAGGAAGUCAAGGUCGAGCUUACCUCUUCAACUCAGUGGUGAACGUGGGGUGUGGACCAGCAGAAGAGAGGGUUCUGUUGACAGGGCUUCACGCGGUGGCUGAUAUCUACUGUGAAAACUGUAAAACCACGCUGGGCUGGAAAUACGAGCAUGCCUUUGAGAGCAGUCAGAAGUACAAGGAGGGGAAGUUCAUUAUCGAGCUGGCCCACAUGAUCAAGGACAAUGGCUGGGACUGAGGGGGCUUACCUAACCCCUAAGGUUUACUGCUAGCUCAUCCACAUGGCCCUAUUCACCUGAGACACAGCUCAUGUACUCCCACAAUACACAGGUGUAAUGGUGUGUGUGCGCGAGUGUGCGUGCAUGUGUGUUUACCAGAAUGAUAAUCUCCAGUCUAAAGCAUAUACAGAUAUGCACAAACACACACACACAGUUGCACAGAGACGCGUGUUUGAAUUCACUCUGCAUGCUGAAGCUUUUCCAGGCCUCAGGGUGGACAGGAGCCCACAGGUUAAGGGUUAUAGGUCAUAGGUUAUGGUCUCUCUGGGGAUGAAUGAGAUGAACAAUGACCAUGGUAAUGGACAGACAAGAAUGGACCCCUCCAACCCCCCAAGACCCACUAACCCUACAAUGAGGUGAAAUUCUGUUCAACAUUCCGUUUUUUACCUGCAAUCACCCUCACUACCCUACAUGGAUCCUUCCACAUGAAUGCAUUUUUUGGUUACUAUGUUUCAAUGGACUCCAUUGAAUUAGGAAUUAGAAUCAUUGUAUAGGAUCUCUAUGAUGGGCAGACUCAUGGAAGACACCAACCAACCAGAAUCACCAGACUUCUUGAAGCCUGAAAUCGUCCAAAACUCCUUUCAACCAAAUCAGCACCUUAUCGGGAUUGAGUUUGAAACAGAUUGUCGUAAAUCUAAUACUGCUUGAUUGUUCAUCUGAAAAAAAAAUCUUUGCUGUUCUUAGUUUUUUUAUUCGAGCAUUUGUUUAAGCUAUGGAUAUAUUUGUUAAUUUAUUUGGUAUUGUUUGGGGACAAUCCCCUUUUCCCCCCUUGUUAAAAGGUAGUAGCUUUGUUGGUUCCCCCCUCACUUCCAAUGGUAGCAAUCUUAAAAAGGAGGUGUCAUUCAAGUUGUCAUCCCUUUGCCGAUCUGAGUGCUAUUACCACCCUCUGUGAAUGUUUUAGUAAUGGCAGUGUGUGAGAGGAACCCAGAUUGCACAAGGUUUACAUGUCAACUGGGUAAAGAGACCGGGGGGGGGGGAAGUAGCACCCGUAGCUCUUUUCAGUCUCAAAGCAAUGCAGACAUGAAGGUGAUGCAAACUGAUGAGGAAAUUAGGCAUGUGAAGUGCCCCUUUCCUAGACGCUGAUCUGAAGUCAGUGUUGUGUCACCCCCCAGAGGUUAAGGUUAGGAUAUAACGAGGGAAAACUGAUCCUAGAGCUGCAACUUCUAUCAGGCACCUCACACAGACUGAUGGUUGUGAACUGGUGGUUCUCUGUUUACCUGGGUCUGCAUCCUCCACUGCCUCCUUGCUUUGUUUUGUUGUUGAUUUGAUAAGAUUUGAGAAUUACAACAUUUAAAAUGGACUUUCUACAGUCUGGAACAGGAGAACCAAUCAAAAGCCACAGAAUACCCAAUCAGAGGGUGUCACACAUCCCAGCACAACAACCAAAGACUCCCAUCAACAAUAAGUUGACCAAACAAUGGACCUUGCGAUUGAUUGCUAGUAUCAGGAAGUUGCCGAAUGAAAGAUUGUGAUUGGCCGAGAGCCACUGUCGAACCUUGGCCUUUCUCUGUGAGAUAAUGCAUUGUUUGGUUGCGACAAUUACAAUGUUAAUACCUGUAUAUUCACUAUGAACAUGUGCAUUAUUAUGUAAUGAUAAACAGUAUUACACCA